AAACAGUGAUCAGUCAAGAAGGACUGGAGGACGAGGAAGCGCAUACAUCCAGCAUUGAUAGCGGCGGCAGAGAUGGCCGAUGUCUCCGUCGAUGAUCUGGUGCAGCAAGUGCAGGCCUUGUACUCGUCGGAUACCACCGAUGCCGACCUUCAACACCUGGCCCCCAUCAUCCAGUUAGCAUGCAGCUCCAGCCGUGAGGCUGAUCUGGUGCACGAGCUUCAAGCCUUCGCAGACAGAAAGGAGCAAGAGAUUGAGCGGCUAUGCAACAUGAACCAUGCGGAUUUCGUCGCGAGUGUGGACCAACUCUUGGAAGUACGACAGAAGACGGUUCAAUUACGGGAACAGAUUAUGACCUUGAACGACGAUGUGCAAGAAAGCGGAAAGAUGCUCGGCGACAAGAAGAAAGCACUGAUUGACACUCGAUCGGUUACACAGAAUGUCACAGAUGCCCACACAGCCAUUACCGCUGCUCUCAGACCGCUGCAUACAUUGCAGUCCAUCCACGCUCUCAUCGCGGAAAAGAAACAUUACCAGGCUUUGCGCUCGCUAGAUGAGCUACAGCUAAUCCAUCUCAAAGAUAUCUCACAGUAUUCAUUCGCAAAAUUGCUAGAAAGCAGUAUGCCCGCAACGCAGAAGAUGAUACAGGAUGCUGUGAUGGGAGACCUUCGACAAUGGCUUCUUGGUGUACGAGAACAGUCAAGACUUGUGGGUCAGCUGGCUUUCGAUGAGACGGACAGAAGGCGCAGAAGUUGGCAUGAUCGGAUCAUGUCAGACCCGGUCCUCAACAAUGCCAAACUCAAUACGGCUCUGGAGCUUGUAUUGAAUGAGAUGAAUCCGUUUUCGGCUAUCGACAAUGACAGGGUGCGAAUUGAUUUUACACCUUUGCAUGAAUGUAUCCAUAUAUACUCUCAACUUGGACUCUCAGAGGAACUGCGAACGAGCUUUGAACAAGAUCGUCGAAGGCAAAGAGAUUUGCUGUUACCUGCGAGUUUGACCGUAGAAGGUGGGGACGUCGCGGCAUCUUUGGAAGUGCUUCUCGAGGAUAUCACGGGGUUUGCCAUCAUCGAACAGGAAACUUUGAAGCAAACCCGGGGAACCAACCUUCGCUCUUCACAUGAGAUUAAUGAUUUGUUCGCAAGUCUUACGAAACGCGUCAUGUCACUCACGUUAUCGGCCCUCGCCAAAACAUCAAAUCCUGAUACUCUUCUCCGAGUCAAGAACAUACUUGUCUUGUUCAUUCAGACAGUGGAAGGCCAGGGCUACGACACGAAGACCCUGAACGCAUUCAUCUUGACCUUGUUUGAAAAGUACGCAGGUGUUUUGAAGGAGAAGUUCAGUAUUGACUUCGGUCAGAUUGUGGCUGAAGAUGACUAUAUGCCAAUGACGAUCAACGAUGUGGAGGAGUACGAGAAGGUUUGCAGCGUAAGCUGGUAUAAGACAGAUACACCGGCCGAACACAUGAGAUUCCCAUGCGCUUUGCCAUUUUCUCAGAUAUUUCCUCUGUGUUGCGUCGACAUCCGCAACUUUGUUAACCAGUAUUAUCUGUUCUCAGACGAAUACACUCAUUCUCAGAAUCAAGUUGAUGAUAUCCUAAAGAAUUCGCUGGACGAACUCUUGGUACAGCAUGUAAACAAGACUCUGUUGCAAAGAUUGCACACCAAUAAUCUGGGUCAGGUUGUUCAGAUCAUUGUCAACUUGGAGCACUUCGAGAAUGCGUGCUCCGAACUCGAGCAGCUCUUGGCAGAAACCCGUUCCUCCCAUAGGACGGGCGCGGUGAAGUUGAAGGCAACGAAUGAGUUUGGUGUAUCCCGGAAGAACGCAGAGAAGCGAAUCUUUGAACUGGUGAACUCGAAGAUUGACGAUUUCUUGGACAUUGCUGAAUAUGACUGGGCACCGUCAAAGCCAAACCCCCAGCCCUCAAGUUACCUGUUGGAGCUUGUGAGGUGGCUUCGGACAGUGAUGCAAUCGACGAUGGUGAACCUCCCGCAAAACAUUCGGGUAUUCAUUUACUUUGAUGCUUUGGACCAUCUGGCUUCAGAGUUGAUGAAAAUGCUCCUCAGCACAAGCACUCGCAAGUAUAACGAGCACGGCAUCGCCAAUUUUGACAAGGACAUAUCUUACCUCGAGGAAUUUGUGGAAGAACUGAAUGACCCUUCCAUCUCGGCUGCGGACACUUUCUUGGAGCUUCGACAAUCCGUCAACCUCCUCCGCGCAGAGAACGUCGAAGAAUACCUCAACACAACAACGAGAAUGAAGUCUUAUUCACGGUUGAAGCCACAGAAUGCGAUAACCAUGUUGGAGAAGCAACUGGCAAACAGCUCUACAAUUAGCUUGAGCUCCUUGGAAAGAAACAAGAGCAUGAGCUUGAAGCGGGUUUUGGAAAAUCUUAGAGCUUCUGAACGGAGGUGAGUUAUGCAAAUAGAUUCCCCACAAGAUACUUUACUUGUAAUGCCACGGCAUUUCAUCUCGCCAGAAUCCUGCCCCUCGUCCAUCUGUCCCUCUUUAUCAUGACUGUGCUUCCUUCUCCUC